AUGGGGGAUUCCAGCACCGUCUUUGGCGGCUGUACCUUCACGUUCGUCCCUGGCAAGGAGCUCACGGAGACGGCAGUGUCUGAGCUGUCUCAGCUGAUCGUGAAGUCUGGCGGCGAAGUUCUCGACCGGAAGCGUGACGGCACACUGCCACUCGCACAGAUCACUCACAUCAUCUCCAACACGAUAGACUUUCCGGAGUACACAGAGACCAAAGCGCUGCUCAUCCCCGUAGUUCGCACAAAAUGGAUCUCUGCAUCACUGGCGAAGGGCAAGCAGGCCCAACUUCGUCCUUACACUCCGGAUCCGCGCAUGAUCUUUUCCGACGUUGUCGUGACAGCAGCCGACAUCCCCGAGACCGACAAGGAAACAAUAAUAGGCGCAGUCACCGCAAUGGGUGGCAUGGACUCGGUCGCGGUCAACAAGCUGACCACCCACAUUUGUGCUCUCAGCCUCGACCAUGAGAAGUGUCAGCUCGCGUUGUCUAAAGGGCUCAAGUGCAAGAUUGUCCUCCCUCAUUGGUUCGACGACUGCUUCAGAUUAGGAAAGAAGAUUGACGAGGCGCCUUAUCUUCUCCCAGACCCAGAGAUUUUGCAAGCACAUCCCGACAAAGAUGUCCAGGUCCCUUCCAGUCAGCAUCUUCAAGGUGCCACAUCAGCCCGCCCGGAUUACCUUCCAGCGUCAGCCGACUCGAUAACUGGAGCACGCCCUGUGCUUACGGUUUUCAAAGACAUUAAAGUCAUGCUUUCCUCAGACCUCGCGAUUAGGGACCGCCUCAGAUCAAUCGUUCACGAUCUCAUACAAGAAGGUGGUGGUGAGCUCACCGACGACAUCGAAACAUGCGACUGGUUCGUUUGCCAGUACCGGGAUGGGCCUGAUUAUGUCCGCGCAUCGCACCUGGGAAAGACAGUGGGAAGCCUGUCAUGGCUUUACUAUAUCAUCACAAUGAACGAAUGGACUUCGCCGCUGCUUCGGCUGUUGCAUUAUCCAGUCCCUCGCGACGGCAUACCAGGAUUCAAGGACAAGCGGAUCACGGUGUCCAACUAUGGAGGCGAAGCACGCAUAUACCUCGAGAAUCUAAUCACGGCCGCGGGUGCCAUUUUCACCAAGACGAUGAAGGCAGACAACACUCAUCUGGUAACGGCUCGGGACAAUAGCGAGAAAUGCGACGCUGCACGGGACUGGAACAUCAACAUGAUCAACCACUUGUGGAUUGAAGAGAGCUACGCCAGAUGCGAGAUGCAAUCAGUCACCAACGACAGAUAUACCUGCUUUCCUGCGCGGACAAAUCUAGGCGAAGUAAUCGGCCAAACCCCCUUGAACGAGGCACGAGUCGCAGCAUUGUUCUACCCAGGCGGUCCGUCGAAUUCGGCUCCAAUCUCAAUCAGGAAGCGCAGAAUCGUGGAGCUGGCGGAAGACAAUUCUUACGCGGACGGCCCAGCUGAGGGUGUUUCUAUUGGUCGGCAAGCCCACAAGGACUUUGACGUCAUGAAAGACACCGACGAGGACUUCGCAGUCAAGUCCACCGAAGUCUUUGGCGUUCCCGCAAAGCGUCGGACUUCCGCGCAACAAAUCUCCACACCAUCACGGACACGGCAUGUGCGUAGCGGCAAGGAGAACGAAACCCCAUCGACUGUGUCUUCAUCUGUCCGAAGUGCCAAGGAUAAAGCCAUUAGUAGGCUAUCGGAAAUCGCGCCAGACAUCGCUCUGUACGAAAAGGAAAAGAAGCGUUCAGCAAAGGAUGGCAAUGGGCACUGGGGAGGCAAGCGGGCCUUGGAUCAAGUCGAGAAGGAGAGUAACCUCAAACGUAAUGCUUCUAGUCCAAGCAGAGCCGCAGAGCCAGACGACGAACUCACAUCCGAGAAGCGGCCAGCCAAGAAGGCGAGACCAACACUGCCUCAGGUAGAAUUGCGGGUCGUUCUCACAGGAUUCAAGCGAUGGGUCAACGACAAGCACAAAGAGGACGCCGAUAGGGUAGGCAGCAUGCAAUUGUCCUCUGUUGAGCUUGAACGUGAUUUGACUAAUGACUUUGUGCAGAAAAAACUUCGCGACAUGGGGAUUGCUGUCGUACCCGACGGCCAAGCGGUGGACUACCUAGUAGCACCACAGAUUGUACGAACAGUCAAGUUUCUUCGCAAUCUAUCAAAAGGGGCUACAGUCGUAUCCUCUGAAUGGAUCGAGGAUUGUCUCGAUUCCAAGAAAGCAGUAGACCCUGCAGACUAUCUCCUCAAGGACGUGGAGAGCGAGAAAAAGUUUGAGCUCAAGUUGACGACCUCGACGGAACGAGCCAGGAAGAAUGCCGGCAAGCUGCUCGCAGGCAUUCCGAUAUACUGCACUGCCAAUAUCAAGAACGGCACCGAUAGCUACAAGGCCAUCGCAGAGGCAAACGGCGCCAUCUUCAUGACCUAUGCUGCCCGCAGUGGUACGACUAUCCGACCUACCAAUCCUGAGGAUGACGUGGACGGUCCAGAGCCCGUAUAUCUCCUGAGUACUGCGCAAGCUGCGGAGACGAAGCUUUGGAAGCGGUUCGAAGAGAUGGCGAGGAAGGGCAACAUGGAGCCGCGCGUAGUAGCGUCGGACUGGCUGCUGGAUGUGGCCAUGAGGCAGGAACUCUUUUGGGAUGAGAAAUACCUCGUGACCAACUUCUUUAACGACAAGGGAUGGUAAUGAUGAGGGCAGGACAAACAAUGGGCCGGCGUAUAUGAUUAGAAACCUGUUUCCGUUGGCAAUUGCCAGAAUAUCCCGGAGCAGGUGGUGGACAGGCGCCCUGGAGAUGUCGAUACAUGAGGUAGCAUGCCGAUGUAAUCAAUAAGGACAAUAAU